AUGACUAUAAGGGAGUACAAGAAAAUUGGUGAGGGGGCUUUCGGAACCGUCGUUGAGGCUGUAUUGAGGUAUGCAGACAAUACAUCCCAACAAGCAAAUGGAACUCAAUCUGACUCCAAUUCCAACCAAUCAACCAAUGGGAAGCACAAGGACGAGUGGUUGGGACCAUUUGCAAUUAAACGCGUACCGGCGCAAACUGAAUAUAAAUCAAGAGAAUUGGAGAUAUUGCGCGUUGUACAUCAUCCAAAUAUCGUGAGCUUGAGAUUCUUCUUUGACAAGAGAAGUUCAGCAGAUGAUAAAGUGUAUCAGAACUUAGUAAUGGAAUGCUUACCAUCAACAUUACAAUCGGAAAUUAAAUUUUAUCGUCAAUCAAAAUAUACUAUACCCUAUCCGCAUAUGAAAGCAUACACAUUCCAAUUAGCGAGAGCGAUGUUGUACUUACAUGGACUUGGUGUGAGUCAUAGAGAUAUUAAGCCAUCAAAUAUACUUGUUGAUCCAUCCACAAUUCGGUUAAAGAUUUGUGAUUUUGGUUCAGCAAAGAAAUUAGAGCCUAACCAACCUUCGGUGAGUUACAUUUGUUCAAGGUACUAUCGAGCUCCAGAAUUAAUUGUUGGGUGUUCGUUAUAUACGACGAAAAUAGAUAUCUGGGGGUUGGGGUGUGUUAUUGCUGAGAUGUUUCUUGGCAAACCCAUUUUCCAAGGACAUACUCCAGAGACGCAGUUGAAAGAAAUCGCAAAGCUAUUGGGCCCACCACCAAACACAUUCUUCUUUAAGAGCAAUCCACAGUACAGGGGUAAUAUGUAUACGACAAAGUUGUUUAGUUGCACGGUUGAAGAACGAUUUAGGCAGAUUUUUAGUAACUCACCGCCCGAUGCUAUUGAUCUUUUGAUGAAAAUAUUGGUGUAUGACCCUGAGCAAAGAGCCAGUCCAAGAAAAGUAUUAGUUCAACCAUUUUUCAAUGAAUUAAAGAGUAGGGAUUUCAAAGUGUAUCCGAGGGGCACCUCUGAGCCAAUUAUGUUGGAUUUAUUCAAUUUUAGUGAUUAUGAGUUGGAGUUAUUGGGACCAUACAAGGGUGAACUUGGACUCGUAUGA